AUCAUUUUAUUUAAUAUGGUGGAUCCCAGCAAGCAGUUAAAAUUUGAGAAAAUUUUGUUGAAAUUGAUGAUGUGGACAAUGGUGAAACGGAAAUGAAAAGGAGUUAUAAAGGAGAGUUAACAGUAAAACGGGUUUAAACUUUAAACAAUAUAUUAUUUUUUAAACAGUGAAAAGAGAUUGGAGAUAAGAAAAUGAAAAUAGAGGAUCUAGGUCCAUGACUAGGUAUGUCUGUGAUGUGGAUAAUAUGCCCGCGAAGGCCAAAAUUAUAAGCCAUUAAUUCCAACAGAAGAGAACCAAAAAAAAAGAAAAGGCAAUGGCACGCUACUUUCACCGGAUAUAUAUGAACCAGUCCUCCGGCGACAAGAAAGAGAGUAAUUUUCAAGACACAAGCAGACUACCAGCGGAACAAUUUGCUCCUCUAGCUACCACAUUCAGGCGGCGACUCCUGGUGGGUAUUGGGUCAGCUUCGCUGGUUGCUUUGGGUGCAGAUUUCGGAGGAGUUACGAGUUUUCUUCUGGGUUUGUCGCCGGAAACUAGUCGGAAUCUCAAGCUGGAUGUAAUUUACCCAAUUGGAGGCUACAGUAGAUACAUUGACACCAACCAAGGAUUUGCAAAUUGGGUUGGAGAUCAGAGACUAUUGUACAGAGCAGCUGAGAAAAAAGAGUUGGAAAGAUCACUGGAUCCACCUCCAAUAAACAACACUCCACGAAGAAAUGUAAACGAACCUAUUGUUGCAUUUGGGCCUCCUGGUACUAGCGGUGAGCUCAAUGUCAGUGUCAUUGUUUCCCCAGUUCCUCUUGAUUUCAAAAUUGAAGCAUUUGGAGGAGCAAAAGAGGUAGGAGAAUCUGUAAUACGAAGCAUAACAGGAUCAGGCAAACGACCAGACGUGAAAGCAAGUUUGAUAGAAUCGAGUUUGAGAGAAGAUAGUGAAAAGAAUGUGAAGUACUACGAGAUUGAGUUCAAAGUUGAGAGCCCCUCCUUUCGUAGACACAAUGUGGCGGUUUGUUGUGCCAGAAGUGGUAGAUUAUAUACGCUAAACGCUCAAGCACCUGAAUCUGUUUGGGCAGAGGUGAAGUUGGACUUCCAUAGAAUUGCUCACUCAUUUACUCUGACCUCUUGAUAUAUAUAUAUAUAUAUAUAUAUAUUUGAAUUUUUGUAGACUCAAAAACAAUCAAUUCUAAGCAAUAUAUAUAUAUAUAUAUAUAUAAUACUUGGAAAAACCCAGAUUUUUUAA